AUGCAUAACCAGUACCCCAUCGCCAGCACCGAUGAGCCAGCCGCCGAAGCGAACCACCAGGUUGUUCAUCAAGCCAAUCUUCCACCUCCACCUCCCCUAGACCGCACAUAUCCCCAGCCAACUACUGAUAAACAAGUCCCCCCUGUCCCAUCGGUUCAAAGCGAAAAGCAAAAAUGGUUGUUGCCUCCCAUCCAAGAUCAUUUCUCUGGCAGGAAAUGCCUAGUCCUGGAUCUCGACGAAACACUUGUUCAUAGUAGCUUCAAGGUUCUUGAUCGAGCUGAUUUUACCAUCCCUGUUGAGAUAGAAGGACAGUAUCACAAUAUAUAUGUGAUCAAACGCCCAGGAGUAGACCAGUUUAUGAAACGUGUUGGUGAACUAUACGAGGUUGUUGUCUUCACUGCAUCCGUAUCAAAGUAUGGAGAUCCAUUACUAGAUAAACUAGAUAUCCAUAAAGUUGUCCACCAUCGCCUAUUUAGAGACAGCUGCUACAACCACCAAGGAAACUACGUCAAGGAUCUUUCGCAAGUUGGCCGUGAUCUUAAAGAAACCAUCAUUAUCGAUAAUUCUCCAACUUCCUACAUAUUCCACCCAAAACACGCCAUCCCGAUCAGCAGCUGGUUCUCGGACGCCCAUGACAACGAACUUCUCGACCUCAUCCCAGUACUGGAAGACUUAGCUCACAGCCAAGUACGGGAUGUUAGCUUGGUGCUGGAUGUUGCCUUAUAG